AGGGAAGUGAAGAGGGAGUAGGGGUCAUUGAGGUUGUGACGCGGGCGUGUUUGUUCCUGAAUAAUCACCUGCAUUUUGAGGAUUAAAAGGAAAAGAGAAUGGUCUGUACAGUAGAAUAGAAACUGGGCUAGGGGGAAGAAGAAAAAAUGAAGUAUCAUCAGAAGCUGAAUCCUUAGUCGUGCAUUAGACUUGUGUUGUUGAGCACAGGCUGGACCUGGAUAGAGAUCGAGGGACCCUUGGAAGCUUACCAGGGGAGGGGAGGGAAGGCACGGCCUAGUAGGGGGAGGGUAGGCUGAGCAGGGAUGCGUGGAGGGGAGAAGGGGGAGAGACGGGGGAGGGGAGAUUCUGAGGAGCUCAAGACCCAUGGCUUUGCACGGGACCUCUCACUCUGUACGGUGUCUUCGCUCAGUGUGCAUGCUCCUUCUCGUCCACUCCAUCACCUCACUCAAGCCGUUCCCGUGGCCUGUUCUCCCCAAGAAGUGCUCGUGUGCUCAUGUUAUUGAGCAUUUACAACCUGUGUGAUAUUGUCAACUGUGCUCCUAGUCACCAAACCAAAGCCCAAGAAAACAACUUUAAGAUUAUUAGUCCAUGCUCCGUAUGUGCAGGAGACAUGGCCUCCCUUCCACAUUCGAUGCAGAUGGUGAAGGCGCAGCGGAAGCGACAGCGCAACGCUAACUCUGAUUCACGUGCGGGGAUGUAUGCCUGCGCAG